GAGGAAGGUAGUAGGAUUUACAAAGUAGAACCUUUUUGGAGAAAGCUUUCGAAUGAGAGCUUUCGCAUAGAAGGAAGAUUAAAACUUUACGGGGAAAGUAAUAAGACCAUAGCCAAAACCAUAAAAAGAAGCUAUCCAU